AUGGAGUCUACAAAUCGCCUAAGUGCCAUCCAAACACUUUUAGUAAUCCAACGUUGGAUAGGACAUCUUAAAUGGGAAAACGAGGGGGAAGAUGGAGUAUUAAACUGGCUAAAACGAAUAUAUCCUUUUGUGCUGCACCUGCCACUGACCUUCACGUAUAUUGCCCUCAUGUGGUAUGAAGCUAUUACCUCGUCGGAUUUUGAGGAAGCUGGUCAAGUUCUGUACAUGUCCAUCACCGAACUGGCAUUGGUCACUAAACUGCUGAAUAUUUGGUAUCGUCGCCAUGAAGCUACUAAUCUAAUCCACGAAUUGCAACACGAUCCCGCAUUUAAUCUGCGCAAUUCGGAGGAAAUCAAAUUCUGGCAGCAAAAUCAAAGGGACUUUAAGAGAAUAUUUUACUGGUACAUCGGAGGCAGCCUUUUCGUGGCUGCAAUGGGUUAUAUAAGCGUGUUUUUCCAGGAGGAUUACGAGCUGCCCUUCGGCUACUACGUGCCAUUCGAGUGGCGCACCAGGGAGCGAUACUUCUACGCCUGGGGCUAUAAUGUGGUGGCCAUGACCCUGUGCUGUCUAUCGAACAUCCUGCUGGACACACUAGGCUGCUAUUUCAUGUUCCACAUCGCCUCGCUUUUCAGGCUGCUGGGAAUGCGACUGGAGGCCUUGAAAAAUGCAGCCGAGGAGAAAGCCAGACCGGAGUUGCGCCGCAUUUUCCAACUGCACUCAAAAGUCCGCCGAUUGACGAGGGAAUGCGAAGUGUUAGUUUCGCCCUAUGUUCUAUCCCAAGUGGUCUUCAGUGCCUUCAUCAUCUGCUUCAGUGCCUAUCGACUGGUGCACAUGGACUUCAAGCAGCGACCUGGACUCUUCGUGACCACCGUGCAAUUCGUGGCCGUCAUGAUCGUCCAGAUUUUCCUGCCCUGCUACUACGGCAAUGAGUUGACCUUUCACGCCAAUGCUCUCACAAAUAGUGUCUUCGGUACCAAUUGGCUGGAGUACUCCGUGGGCACUCGCAAGCUGCUCAACUGCUACAUGGAGUUCCUCAAGCGACCGGUUAAAGUGCGAGCUGGGGUGUUCUUUGAAAUAGGACUGCCCAUCUUCGUGAAGACCAUCAACAAUGCCUACAGUUUCUUCGCCCUGCUGCUAAAGAUAUCCAAGUAG